AGAGGGAGCGGGGAGGAGGACCAGCAGCACCUGCAUCAUCAUCAUCAUCUCAUCAUCAUCACUGGGGGCAUCCUCAUCAUCAUCAUCCUCCUACACAGGACAAUCAGGGGGCACCAACCACUGCACAGGGACAUUUGUUCUUUUUCUUGGGUCCGCAGAACAUUUCCUACCCCAGGGAAAGUGAAGCCACCACUCCAUCCAUUUUCCUGUGAAAUGCCCCAUCAUCUAUCCCCGGAAAGUUCUUUCAAUUCCAAACAAGAGCUGCUCUCCUUUGCCGAACCCUCCCGAAGUGUCAGCGAAUACAGCUUGGCCAGUCCAGAUGGCGGUGAACAAGUGGACGCCCUGCUUUCAAAGACGCCACUGCAUUCUAAUACAGCCAGGACUCCGGAUCCCUACAAUGAAAGUCUGUAUGAUGAACCCUGUGCUAAAAGAGCACUCUAUGGGGACGAUCCCUGUGAGAUUAAUUUUAUACCUGCCGAAGGUGAGAACUUGUGUGGAUGGGGGGCUUUCAAGCCCUCCUUCUUGCAAGUGUUCAACACAUCUAAAGGGGUGCUCUUAUUCCUCUGCACAGCCUCGUUUCUCCAAGGCAUGGUGGUCAACGGUUUCAUCAACACUGUUAUCACCUCUAUAGAACGGAGGUUUGACCUGCACAGCUAUCAUAGCGGACUGAUUGCCAGCUCCUAUGACAUAGCGGCCUGCGUGUGCUUGACAUUUGUUAGCUACUUUGGGGGGAAUGGUCACAAGCCUCGCUGGUUGGGCUGGGGAAUAUUAAUAAUGGGCAUUGGUUCCUUAGUCUUUGCUUUGCCACACUUCAGCACCAGCGAAUACAAGGUGAACUUUGCUGAAGAUACGGGACUGUGCCCGUCCAAUUAUACUUAUCGGGUCUCUCAACGUGCCUCCAGUCUGUCCUACUACCGCUAUGUCUUCAUGUUGGGACAGUUCCUUCACGGGAUCGGAGCUACACCACUGUACACACUGGGAGUCACUUAUCUAGAUGAGAAUGUCAAGUCAAGCUAUUCCCCAGUGUAUAUUGGAAUAUUUUACACAGCCGCCAUAGUUGGCCCAGCUGUAGGAUACCUGCUUGGAGGGUUCUUCCUGAAUAUGUACACAGAGAUCACCACCCCCACCCAUCUAACACCGGAGAACCCUCUGUGGGUCGGGGCUUGGUGGAUUGGCUUCCUGGGGGCUGGAGUAGCUGCUUUUCUCAUUUCUUUCCCUAUCCUAGGCUAUCCGCAGCAGCUGCCAGGUUCUCAACGUUACGUGGUGAUGAGAGUGUCUGAAGCUCAUCAGAUAAAGGAUGGGGACUACAAGCCAGACCCUGAUUUUGGGAAGACGAUUAAAGAUCUUCCAAAGUCAGUGUUGAUGCUGCUCAAGAAUCCCACUUUUAUUUUCCUGUGCCUAGCCGGAGCAACAGAGGCGACCCUCAUAACGGGAGUGUCGACGUUUGGACCAAAGUUUUUAGAAUCUCAGUUUAGUUUGAGUGCUUCAGAAGCUGCAACUUUUUUUGGGUACCUGGUGGUUCCUGCUGGGGGUGGCGGAACCUUCCUGGGGGGAUUCAUAGUGAACAAACUGAAAUUGCACUGCUCAGGAAUCAUCAGGUUCUGUGUCCUGUGUACUGUACUUAGUCUUAUGUCAGUCUUCAUCUUCCUCAUCAGCUGUCCUAACAUGCCCAUGGCUGGAGUCACCGAACCCUACCUUGACAGUGUCCUCUUAGGGAGCGGCCUCAACCUCUCCUCUGUGUGUAAUGCCGGGUGCCGCUGUUCACAGGAUCUUUACAGUCCUGUCUGUGGAGCCGAUAAUGUCAUGUACUAUUCUGCUUGCUACGCGGGCUGCUCAGGACGCUACAUGGACCGUGGUAAUGGCAGAAAGAUGUAUGAAAACUGCAGUUGUGUGGCUUCCAAUAUCUCUGUGAUGGGGACACAGGCUGUAGCGGGAAAAUGCUCUUCCUCCUGCAAAAAGAUGUCGCUGCUGCUGGUGUUUACAUUCUCUGUUAUACUGUUUACAUUCCUGUGCAGUAUUCCUGCACUCACUGCAACGUUACGGUGUGUGCCGGAUAGUCAGCGCUCCUUUGCACUCGGGAUCCAGUGGAUAUUAGUGCGAACAUUAGGUGGUAUCCCUGGACCAAUUGCCUUUGGCUCGAUGAUUGACAUUUCCUGCCUGCUCUGGCAGAACCAAAGUGGAGAAAAGGGCUCCUGUUACAUGUACCAAAACUCAGCCAUGAGCAACUAUAUGCUUAUUGCUGGUCUUGUUUACAAGGUGAGUGAAGGGUUAAUGUGA